GCUGUUUUGGUUGAGAUGAGAGUCUGACCGUGUGCUUAUCACGUUACGUAAAGUAUUUGAGAACCGCUGAGAAAGCACGAGGAUCGCGUCGCGUAGUUGGAUCAUUUAACCGAUCACUUUUUUCGUGAAAUUACAAGGGGACUAUGGCAUCGUUCGUUGUACCGGUUGCAGUGAGAUUCACUCGUGUCACGAUCGAUAGUUUGCACAAUAUAAAUAAAAAUAUUUUACUUAGGUUAUCCCAGCCAUCGUACAUUUCGUGGCAACAAGGAUAUAGUACAAUUACAGAAGAAAAGAAGGCAAAAGAUGGAGAGCCGGAACCUGCAAUUCCAGAGUUUACAGAAAAUGAAAAGAAAUUGAAAGCAGAUCUUGAACUCCUUAAUAAUGAGUUGACGGAGCUUAGAAGACAUAAUGACGAGUUGGACGGCAAAUAUAAAAGAGCACUCGCGGACGGUGAAAAUCUUCGAGUUAGAUUAAUGAAGCAAAUCGAAGAUGCUAAAUUGUUUGGUAUCCAAGGCUUCUGCAAAGAUCUCUUGGAAGUAGCAGACAUUUUAGGUAAAGCUACGGAGAGUGUACCGAAAGACGAACUCACAGAAAAGAAUCCACAUUUGAAAACCUUGUACGAGGGUUUAAGGAUGACGGAAGCACAAUUGCAUAAAGUAUUUAAAAAACACGGUUUAGUUUCGUUGAAUCCAUUGAAUGAAAAAUUUGAUCCUAAUCAACACGAAGCAUUGUUUCAACAGGAAGUUGAAGGUAAAGAACCAGGAACGGUUGUAGUUGUAUCGAAACUGGGGUAUAAAUUAUACGAACGAGUAGUAAGACCAGCGUUAGUCGGUGUUGCUAAAGGAUAAUUUAUGGUUUCGUGUUAAGGGAUUUAAAGAAGAACGAGGAUACGAUUUAUCAGAAAGUACUACCAAAUAAAAUAUCUGCUAUAAUAUUACAAAAUUCAAAUGUAAAAUGAAUACAGAAUGUGGAAGUUGAAAAAUUAAUGUUCGAAGUAUACAAAUUUUACGAGAGGCAACUUUCUUACUAAGAAAUAGUUUUUAGUUAAUGUUAAAAAAGAAU